AAACCUGAGAGGUCGCGAAGAUUAGCAUGUACAUAGACGCAUUCUUAUCACAAUAGAUGGAAACGUCUACUCACGGAAGUGACGCCGAAGAGGAACAAUCAUCUGCGCCGUCCGCGGAACUGACAGAGCAACAGUUGCAAGAAUGUAGGGAAGCUUUUGAAUUGUUUGACAAGGACGGCGACGGAACGGUGACCACUGAGGAGCUGGCCACCGUCAUGCGGACGAUGGGUCAGAACCCUACGGAUGCUGCGGUGGAGGAGAUGAUACGUGAGGUUGACAAAGACGGUAAUGGUUCAGUGGACUUCGAGGAAUUCAUAGGGUUGAUGACUAGCUACCUACAGGGCAAAGAUCCGGAAGCUGAAUUACGCGAAUCUUUUCAAGUGUUUGACAAGGAUGGAAAUGGAUUUAUCAGUGCUGCUGAAUUAAGACUGGUCAUGACUAAUCUGGGUGAAAAGCUUACAGACGAGGACGUCGACGAGAUGAUAAUUGAAGCAGAUUUGGACGGGGACGGACAGAUAAAUUAUGAUGAGUUUCGUGAAGCCUUCAGUCUCUUCGAUAAAGAUGGAGACGGAUCCAUUCCUACCGCUGAACUGGGCACAGUUCUCCGAGCACUUGGUCAGAAUCCUUCAGCCUCCGAGCUGAAAAAAAUGAUCAACGAGGUUGAUGCAGAUGGAGACGGAACUGUGGAUUUCCCGGAAUUUCUUAUUUUGCUUGUCCGAAAGAUGACGGAAGCGGGAGGAGAAACCGAAAUGAAAGAAACUUUCAAAGUGUUUGACAGGGACGGGAACGGAAUGGUUACAGCAGCUGAAAUCCGGAACGUUAUGUAUAACCUCGGGGAGAAACUGACAGACGAGGAAAUAGACGAGAUGAUAAAGGAAGCCGACGAAGACGGCGAUGGACAACUAAACUAUAAAGAAUGUCUAGAAACAUUCCAGAUCUUUGAUCAGGAUCGGGAUGGGAGAGUCACCACGGCAGAACUCGGGGAGAUGCUUAAAAACAUGGGAUUUAUUUCUACCAUAGAGGAGUUAGAAGAGCUUGUCAGUGACGGGGAUCCAGAAGGCAAUGGGACCCUUGACUUCAAGGGAUUCAUGUACCUAUUCCAAAUGUUUUACAACGAUAUGAGGACCGAUGAUCAGAUAAAAUCUAGCUUCCGAGUGUACGACAAAAAUGACUAUGGCUACAUCACCCAUUCGGAACUCAAGUUAAUGGACACACUGACUGCAGAACAAUACAGGGAGUUUAAGGAAGCAUUCGAUUUAUUUGACAAAGAUGGUGACGGUUCUAUCAAUUCCAAGGAGUUGGCGUCCAUGAUGCUCUCCAUGGGACAGGUACCUACUGACGCCGAAGUGAGACAUUUCAUUGAACAAGUCGACUGUAGCGGUAACGGUUGUAUAGAUCUACCAGAGUUUAUAACAUUGAUGAUGAAAGACGGGAUUGACGCCUACUCAAAGAAACAGCUUUUGGAGGCGUUCCGGGUGUUUGACAAGGAUAUGAAGGGUUUCCUAACGGUCAACCAGGUUCGAGAGGCGCUGACCACUCUGGGGGAGGCCUUGACGUUUGAUGAGGUCGAGGAACUGAUACACAGUGCUGACAAAAACGACGACGGGAAUAUCAACUACAAAAAAUUUGUGGAAAUGAUGAAUUCAUAGAUGUUCUGACACUGUAGAGGGAUUUUACCUGUGCCAGAAUAAAUAAGGACGAGCUGCCAUCUUUGUAUACUCAUUGUGUCAUAUCGUUGGGCGCAAAAAUCACAGAAGCAAAAAUGUUGUGAGGAAAGCAUUACGCAAAAUAUCUUAUCUUUAUUUACUCACUGUGCGAAAAAGAUUUUUUAAUUACUAUUGACAAAAUAAAGCACCUUAAACGAAAAUAAUGAGAAUAUUCCAUACUGAACACAAUUCUUCUCUACAUAUUUUCGUCUUUAACUUGUAUAAAAUCAUACUUAACAUUAUAUUAAAAUUGAUUUUAUUAAGAUAUAUUUGUUUAGUAAAUAAUUUGUCACAUUUUGUAAAAAACACAACGGAAAAAUAUUGAAGAAAAAUAAUGCUUUGAAAAGAGUUUUCCUUCUUACGUUUGUCUUGAUAGGAUAAAAAUAAAGCAAAGAAAACACAUAGAAUAUAAUGUGACAAUACUGUUAGUUCGAAUACGUCUGUUAUUCCAAAAGCAAUCGGUAAUGUUCGUCAUUAUCAUAAAUUUUGUUGAUAUCCUACAAGCUAUUGUUCAUCACCUAUAAAUGUAAGCAUUGUAUCAUGUAUUCUUUCAGAAAAAGAUACAACAAUUUAAAAAAAUGAACCAUUCAAAUUUUAUCUGAAAUAAUGCAUAUGAUUGUUGCAAAUAAAAAAUAAAUAAAAAAUCA